AUGUCAAUACUAGGAUGGGGAUUUAGAGCUGAUAAACAGAUUUAUCAAUCGAAAAAACCAUUAAAAUUAACCCUGAAAAAUGGUGAAACAGUAGAAUUUCAACAACUUGUUAGUAACUUACCAUCGGCCAAUAUCAAAGAAAAAUUGAAUUUACACCCAUUACUUUUCAAUGGAGUCUUACAAUCAAUGUAUUAUUAUAAGGGAGACUUCUCUGAUAAGUUUAAGAUUUAUUAUGGUAGGGAAAUUUUCACUUUCAAAGAUGAAGGGAUCUGUUCAUUAGAUUGGGUUAUUGAUCCAGAGACUAAUGAAGACUUCAAAUCAAAAUAUGAAAAUAAUCAUCCUAAAGACUGGCCUCGUUUAUUCCCAAGAACAAGAUUUUUAUCCGAUGAGGAAUUACUGUUACGUAAGCAUGAUUCUGAGAGUACUAAACCUAUUGUACUUAUUCUUCAUGGAUUAGCUGGUGGAUCUCAUGAAUCUUUGAUUAGAAAUUUGGCUGAAUUGUUGACCACGGGUAAAAAUCAUGGGAAAUUCGAUGUGGUGGUGAAUUUAACCAGAGGUUGUGGUAGAACUAAACUUACUACUGGGAAAUUAUUUAAUGCCUUAGCUAUUGAAGAUAUCCAUGAAGUUUUAUUGGAUUUGAAAAAAAGAUAUCCUAAAAGACCUAUCUACGCUUCAGGAUUCUCUUUUGGUGCUGCUUUAUUGACCAAUUACUUGGGUAUGUAUGGAGAUGAGAAUUUAAUCAAAGCUGCUACUGUUGUAGGAUGCCCCUUCAGUUUAGGUAUAGCUUCCGAUGUCAUGAGGACUUUAUGGGUAGGUAAACUCAUGAAUCCUGCGUUAGUUGGGUUCUUAUGUAAAGUUGUAAAGAAUGGAUUGGGGGUAUUAAAUGCUGAAAACCCUGAAUUAUUCAACAAGGAAAAUUUGGCCAAAGCUCAACAGUUUAAAGUAUUUGAAGAUUUCGAUAAUAUGUUUACCUGUAAAACUGCAGGAUUCGACACUGCCAAAGAAUAUUAUGCAAAAGGGUCACCUGAAAAUAGACUUGGUGCUAUCAAAACACCAUAUCUUUCAAUCUCAUCAUCUGAUGAUCCAGCUACAGGUAAAUACUUACCUAUAGAUAAAUUUGAAGCUAAUGAACAUAUUUCUGCUUUAGAAACCAAUUUAGGAGGACAUUUAGCUUUUGUCACACCUCAAAGAGAAUUCUGGUGUGUCAAAGUAAUUGAUGAAUUUUUCGAAGCUUUUGAAGAAAUUGAAGAUUAA